AUGAGAAAAGAACCGUCGGCAGCUUCUAAAAGACCGGGCUUACCGCCAACGCAACAAGAGUCUGGGUCGCAAGUCGCAGGACCAGCUUUAAAGAAACAAUCUGUAGAAGUGCCACAGGAGGAAUACGAUAGCCUUCUCUUGGCCGAGAAGGAAAAGAAGGAAUCAGAAGAAAAGAGAAAGGAAGAACAACUCUUGUUCGAGAAGGAAAAGAAGGAGCUAGAGAAGCGUCUAAAGGAAUCAGAAGAAAAGAGAAAGGAAUCAGAAGAAAAAAACAAGGCCCUCGAGGCCCUCGAGACUGGCGAGUAUUACAUGUCAUACAAUGACCUUUGGAAUAUAAAUCUCGUUGAAUACAAACAAGAUCAUCUUGACGCCUUGACAAGAGCGGGGCCCCCAAGCAUUGAGCGGAAUGGUUUAAAGUACUAUGAGCGCACUCUCCGGCUUGCAACCGAUGAAACAGGUGACUAUGUCGUCGCUGAACGAGAUGGGCGCAGCGGGGUGUCAUCUAGAGGUUCGUACACCAAGGCUAAGAUCUGGCCCUUUGACGUUUUGGCUUCCACUCUCAGCGACGACAAAAAGCGUUCGAGGCAUCGAGUCAAAGGCAGUCAAGUUGCACACCUCGUACCAGCUGGGAAAGUCUUUGCGUCUUUGCAUACCUACGUGGCACCGAUGGUGUUUGGGCUGCAAAAUGCCUCGUUUGAAACAGUACAAAAACUGAUUCACGGGAGCCGGAAAAAGAAUGAAGAGACUGACGGAGACAAAGCAACAACAAAGAAAGAACAGAAACCGGAUUCAAACGAAAGCGCAAGCGAAACGAAUGCGCAACAACUAGGAAAGAACAGAAAAGUGAAUUUAGUUGGAACGAAGCAUUUUACAACGAAUAUGAUUCGAUUGAAAGGCCAAGAAUCCAAUUUCGACACGAAACCUCAUCUGCUGAUAGUCCCAAUUCUUUCAAGUAAAAAUGCUGUAGCGUGGCAAGGAGAAGGCUACGAAGCGCUAUUCAUUAUUGGAACGCCAAAACCACUAAAUAAAAUGGGAUUCAAUACCGUUCCAUUUGACGGAAAUCGCUCAGAAGGUCUCGAUCACGAGGGCCCACGUCCUACCGUCGUGCUCGAUGAUAGAACUGUUGACGAAAGUCGAACGGAAAGCAUUGGUGCUGUCGCAGAUGAGGUAGGCUUGAAGGAGGAGGGAACAACGGCAAGUGAAGAGGAAAUUGAAAUUGCCCGGAAAUUGCUAGAAACUGCAGUACUCGCUCUAGCACAUUGCGUCAUCCGGGAUGCCGAAAAGUACAAUGACUGGGACAUCCAAGAAAGGGAUGCUUUGUCAAAAUUGAAAGACAGUCGUGUUUUUCCACCAGAUCCAAAACAAGUUUGGGUGCCCUCCGUUAUUGAAAGAAGCAGUGCAGAGGACCGUCUGCGAGUACGAAAGAUUGCUUUCGGGAGCUAUGACGCCCCUGUGGGUGAGAGCGAUGUAGGUCAUCCAGCCCCGGAUCCAAUGCUACUGAUCGCAAAAGCGGCCAACAACUGGGCAGCUGCUCAUCGUCAGCGACUGCUGGCUGGAGCUGAAGAAGAGGAGGAUGACGACGACAUGUCAGAGGGGUUCAUCAUAGAGAUGGAGUCACAUCUGGGACAUCUUGAUGGAAUGAAAAGGAAACAGAUAGAUAGAGACGUUCCUGGAAUGAUCAUUGAAUGGUCAUGA